AUGGUCAAGUCAUACCUAAAAUACGAGCACGCGAAGUCUUUCGGCCUAGUAACAUCCAGCUCGUCGAACAUUGUCUGGGCGCCGCAAGAACGGUCGGGAACGGGUGCAGGCCGAGCCAUUGUCGCCGCGAAUGAGGAAGUACUAUGCUGGGACAUCAAGAAAGGCGAGCUCCUGAGCCGCUGGAGAGAUGAGAACUGCAGGGCACAAGUCACAGCCAUAGCGCAGAGCAAGACCGACAAAGAUGUGUUCGCUGUGGGGUACGAGGAUGGAAGCAUCCGGAUUUGGGACAGCAAGAUCACAACCACCAUUGUGAACUUCAAUGGACACAAGUCGGCAAUCACAAUACUUGCCUUCGAUAAGACAGGAGUGCGCCUUGCCAGCGGAUCAAAAGACACAGAUGUUAUUGUCUGGGACCUUGUUGCUGAGGUUGGCCAGUACAAGCUGCGUGGACACAAGGAUCAAGUUACGGGACUUCACUUUGUCGAGUUAGAGCCCCAACCGCAAGAUGAGGAGGCUGAGCAAGCAAUGGUACUAGAUGGAGAGACCUUGGGUGAUGGGUAUCUCUUGACAACUGGGAAGGAUUCUCUGAUCAAGAUCUGGGAUCUUUCCUCGCGGCAUUGUGUCGAAACUCAUGUUGCACAGACGAACGGCGAGUGUUGGGCACUUGGCGUAUCCCCCGAUUUUAGUGGAUGUGUCACAGCCGGCAACGAUGGAGAAUUAAAAGUCUGUUCUGAUGACAAGAUGUUGGCUUCUGCUGCCAAUGGAAGUCUUAAGAUCUGGAACGUCAAGACACAGACUUGCAUUCGGACAUUCGAAUGCGGCUAUGCGCUGUGCUGUGCGUUUCUGCCCGGUGAUAAGGUUGUUGUUGUUGGUACCAAGACCGGAGAGCUUGAGCUAUUUGAUGUAGCUAGUGCCGCUUUAUUGGACAGUGUUUCUGCGCAUGAGGGUGCAAUUUGGAGUCUUCAAGUGCAUCCAGACGGUCGAUCAGUAGUUACUGGAAGCGCGGACAAGACUGCCAAAUUCUGGGAUUUCAAGAUUGUACAAGAGCCGGUUUUAGGGACAACGAGGACAACCCCGAAGUUGAAGCUUGUUCAGGCCAGGAUAUUGAAGGUCUCGGACGACAUUUUAAGCUUGAGGUUCUCGCCCGAUGCCAGAUUACUUGCGGUAGCGCUUCUUGACAACACAGUCAAGGUCUUCUUCACCGACUCGCUGAAGCUCUAUCUUAAUCUCUACGGUCACAAGCUUCCCGUCCUCAGCAUGGAUAUUUCUUAUGAUAGUAAGCUCAUUGUCACGAGUUCUGCCGACAAAAACGUUAGGAUAUGGGGGCUUGACUUUGGGGAUUGUCACAAAGCGUUGUUUGCUCAUCAAGACAGUAUUCUACAAGUCGCAUUCGUACCGCACAACACGGACGGUAAUGGCCAUCAUUUCUUCAGCAGUAGCAAGGAUCGCAGCAUCAAAUACUGGGAUGCCGACAAAUUCGAGCAAAUUCAGCGGAUAGAUGGACACCAUGGCGAGAUUUGGGCGCUCGCUGUCGGCCAUAGUGGUACAUUCCUAGUCAGUGCUAGUCAUGACAAGAGCAUUCGAGUGUGGGAGGAAACAGAUGAGCAGAUUUUCCUCGAAGAAGAGCGCGAAAAAGAAAUCGAGGAGCUCUACGAAAGCACGCUGACGACCUCUCUGGAACAAGAUCCUGAUGCAGAGGACCAGAAUGGAGAGGUCACCGCCGCCAGCAAACAGACAGUCGAAACUCUCAUGGCGGGGGAGAGAAUUACAGAGGCACUGGAACUCGGUAUGGCGGAUUUGAACGUUGUCAAAGAGUGGGAAGAAGCGAAGUCGAAUAAUCCAAACAUUGCACCGCCGCAGAGAAACCCAAUAUUUAUGGCCUUAGGCGGCAUCAGCGCCGAGACCCACGUCAUGAAUGUGUUGCAGAGGAUAAAAGCUGCAGCACUUCAUGAUGCCCUCUUGGUAUUGCCAUUUGCAACCGUCCCAAUGCUUUUCACAUUCCUGAACAUCUUCGCAAUACGGUCAAUGAAUAUACCAUUGACUUGCCGGAUUCUUUUCUUCAUGCUGAAAACGCAUCACCGGCAAAUUGUUGCAAGCAAGACCAUGAGGGCCAUGCUUGACGGUAUUAGAAUGAAUCUAAGAAAUGCGCUGAAGAGACAAAAGGACGAGAUGGGCUACAAUAUCGCAGCGCUCAAGGUUGUUGGACUGCAAAUCAAAGAGAAGAGCGUCAAGGAUUAUGUCGACGAAAAUUGGGAAGAAGAGGAUCAAAGCCGCUCCGUCAAGAAACGGGCUCACCUCCCCCGCUUCAACUCCGCAAACGCCAACGCCCUCCAAGCGCCAAUACCUGAAAAGAUACGCAACAUUGACCUUGUCGUGUACGAGAAGAACGAGGGCAUAGGAGGUGUAUGGUGGCUGAACAAGUACCCAGGCCUCGCUUGUGAUAUUCCAUCGCACUCGUAUCAAUACACUUUCGCGCCAAAUCCGUACUGGUCAUCUCUGUAUGCACCUGGACGAGAAAUCCAGAAGUAUCUUCAAGAUGUAGCUGAAAAGUAUGGCGCCACAAGAUUCAUCAAGACCCAGCACAAAGUUGAAAAGUGCGUGUGGGAUGCGGAUGAUAAGCAGUGGCACAUUACUGUUCAAAAUACUUCGACUGGUGAGACCUUCGAGGAGUCAGCGAACAUCGUUAUCGCAGCUCGUGGUCAGCUGAAUGAGGUCAACUGGCCGCAAUUGCCUGGUCUCGAUAAGUUCCAGGGCAAACUCCUUCAUUCGGCGGAAUGGGAUGAGAGUUAUGACUUCCGGCAUAAGAAAGUCGGUGUCAUUGGGAAUGGAUCUAGCGCCAUUCAAAUUGUUCCGAGUCUUCAGAAACUAGAAGGCAUCUCGAUGACAACCUUCAUGCGGUCACCUACCUGGAUUUCGGCAGCUUUCGGCGAUGCAGCUAUGGUUGCCCUUGGGCUGGACCCGAACGAUAUCAUAUUUACAAAGGAAAAGCAAGAAGCGCUGGCUCGAGACCCCGAUGCUUACUUUAAAAUGAGGAAAGUUAUCGAGGAUGGUGGAAACUUGAUCCAUGACUCAACAAUUCGGGGAACAAAAAUGCAAAAAGCCUUUACUGAUGAGUUCAGAACAUCAAUGCGAGAAAAGCUCGCGAAGAAACCGGAGCUUCUGAACUCUAUCGUUCCGGAUUUCGCUCCGGGUUGUAGACGUCUAACUCCCGGAAAAGGAUAUCUCGAGGCAUUGACUGAGGAUAAUGUCGAAGUUGUCAAUGAUCCUAUAGUGGAGAUAACCGAGUCGGGCGUCAAACUCGCCUCCGGCCGAGAAAUCCAACUCGAUGCUAUUGCUUGUGCAACAGGGUUCAAGAUCUCUGCACCCCCGAACUUCGAAGUGAGAGGCAAAAAUGGGCAGACACUUGCCGAAAGGUGGACGCCACACCCGGAAAGCUAUUUAUCGAUUGCUGUAGAUGGCUUCCCUAACUACCUGAUGAUGUUUGGGCCAAACUCUGCGAUAGGCUUCGGCAGCCUAACGAAGAUCCUAGAACAAGAGUGUGACUAUGUAGUUAAGAUCAUCCGAAAGAUGCAGAAAGAAGAAUAUGCUACCAUCGAGCCGAAAUCGGAGCGGGUUGCUGACUUCAGCCAGUACAUUGGCGAAUAUUUCAAAAAUACCGUGGUGUCUAUGGACACUAAGUAG